GCGUCAAGACGUCCCAUACAAUGAAUAAGUCGCACUUGGGAACGGCGGACAAUCCUCAGGAAGUGGUCACAGCUCACGACAUCGGACGACUUGUUGAUGUUGUGAACGUCGGAAAGGGAUUUCUUCGAUAUGUUGGACCAAUUCAUGGGAAAGAUGGAAUGUUCUGUGGAAUUGAAUUGCUGGAACCAAAUGGAAAACACGAUGGAACUUUUCAAGGUGUUUCAUAUUUCAUCGCUACACCAUACCAUGGAAUCUUUGCCCCUAUAUUUCGUGUAACUUUGGAUGCAGAAGAACUUCCGAAACCUCCCCCGCCAAAUCCGUCAAACCGUCUCUCACGAUCUGCUCUUCCGGCUCUUCAAUUACGCAAUCCAUUGACUCAAGAGCGUAAACCGGAAGAAGACGUGAUGUCCACGUCGGUUUAUGUUUCAUCUUCCACUAAACCUAUCGCAAUUCCAACAAAACAAUGCCGUCCACCGGAGACCGAUCCAAUGCAAAUGUCCAUGUUUUCGGAUAUGAUGGACGGAUCUAUGUUUUCGAACGGGUCCUGGAGCGAUAUAGCAGAUUCAAUGAUUACUUCGAAUUGUACUUUUACCGUGAGGAAAGGGCUACCAAUAGAUGAUGACGGAGAUUUGAUGAGUGUCCCGAUGGUUCAAUCAGUUUUCAAUAUUGAUAGAGAAGCAUUACGGAGGGAAGAGCAAUUGCAAUCGUCUAUUGUGCUCGGCGAGUCGCGAAUCGGCGUCGAGCAUCUUCCGAUAAUAGAAGACGAGAAUGAACUCGAAACGCCACUCGUCGAGACGAGAACAAUGCCACUUCCAAAUGAUUUGAAUGCUAAUUUUUCGAAUAAGAACUCAACAACAACAUUUGUGGAACCAGAAACACCAAAAGUGGAGAUUCGAGAAAAUGGCAACUUGGACAACUCUAUCGAAACGCCGCCGCAACAAUCUCCGUCGGGCAGCUCAAUGGUAUCCCAUGAGAGUGAUUCCAGUUCCAAAAAGGAUGACACAAAAAGUGACAAGUCACCUACUAAAAAAUCACAAAAGAUGGAGGAAAAACCUGUUGUGAAGAAGAAAGAAGAGCCAGCAGCACCACCACCACCUCCGAAGUUUCCAGUCAAACAGAAGGCUCCGAGCAAGCAUCAGCUUAUGAUGGAGCAAUUGAAAGCAUCCAUUGAGGCGGAAAAAACGAAGCCAAAGAAGGAAAUCAAAAGUCGAGUUUCAUUGCUUCCGCCGCCAGCACCAAAAGCUCCACAAAAGGAGAAUAAAGAAGGUGGUGAAAUGACUGAAACUCCACGAAGAACAAUUACAAAAACUCCUUUAAAAACCGUGAAUGCCAAAGCCAAAACCUCUCCGACUCCACCAGUUGAAAGACAGAAGAAGGAAAGGAAGCCGUUGUAUGUGGCUCCGCCAGCAAAAGAAAGAGUUGAAAAAGAGAAGAAAAUUCCUUCGAAACCAGUGGUAUCCCCACCAACAACUGCGGAGAAAAAACCAGUGGUAUCUUCAAUUCCAUCAACAUCUUCUGCCUCAAAGGGACCAUUCCCAACUUCUUCAUUUGCCGGAGGAAAGCUUCAAGGUCCUCGGAAAACGUCAUCCUCUUCUACAACAACUUCAGCCAAAAAGCAAAAAAAUCCACCAAUAGACGAAAAAGAGAAACUAUCACGCCUCCAACACUCCACUCAUGCGUUCGAAGCCACUCUUAUUGUGAUGAACCGAAUAAAUGAGGAUAACGAGAGGAAAUUAGGGAAUAUUAGUGAGCAAUAUGAAAAGAAAGUCUCAGAACUUGGGGAUUUGAAGAAAAUGCUUGAUGAAGCAAGGAAGAAGUUUGAGGAAGACGUGGAGCAAAUGAAAAACAGUAAUCAACAAGUUAUCCGGAAUCAUGCCAAUGCGGUUGAGAGUCUACAGAAGACACAUGAAACUCAGAUUGCCGAGAAGAACAAGGAGUUUGAGCGGAAUUUCGAAGAAGAACGUGCGCGUCGUGAAGCGGAAGUUUGCGCAAUGAACAACCGACAUCAGAAGGUCGUAGCUUGCCUUGACGAGAAAAUAUCUGAAGCUGAAAAGCAGUGUGAACAACUGAAUGUCGAUAAGAAGGUCUUACAAGCAGCUCUUGCAAAUGAUUGUGAUCAUAGGAACCAGAUGCUUACGAAAGAAAUUUCAUCGCUUCAGACUGCGCUUGAAAUGAAAUCGGCUGAAAUGAAGGAGCUCCGACAGAAAAAUCAAAAUCUUUCACUUCAAGUCGACGAGAUUCCUCUCAAAGAGCUCGAAAUCAGCAAAUGGAAGCAUAAGUCUAAUGAGUACAAGCAAAUGCUGGAUCAGAAAAUUAAUGGAGAAAAAAUUCUCGUCCAACAAAUUGAAGAUCUGCGGAGAAAACAGAUUCAUGAUGAGGAGGAGAAGGAGGCGAUGAAAAGAAGUUUUGAUUUAAUGCAGUUUAAAUAUGAGAAUGGAGAUGAUCCGAAUGUUACAAGCGUCAUGUCAGCUCCAAUGGAAAGUCGAUUCAGCACACCAACCAAGGUACAAUUCCGAUCAAGAUCUUCCGCAUCUGGAAGUCGUCCAAUCUCUAUGGCAACAAGCAACGGUGGAGACCAGAGACUUUCCACAUCUUCACAUCACGACGAUAGUAUGAAUCGUUCAACGAUCUCGAUGUACACCAGCCAUAUUCGCCUGCCAGAAAAUCAUGCAGAUGACGUAAUUUAUGCUCCAGAUGAGAUCAUCUCGAGUAGGAGUGGAUCUAUAUCUCAACGACUUGCAAUUUCAAUUGAGAAUGAUGGCGAGCCAACGAUAAAGAGUGAAUCGUCGAGAAUUGGAAAUACGUCGGAUUCUGGAAUUGGUCUAGUCAUGUGAUUUUGUAGGCUCUCUGUUUUUUUUUAAUAUAUCAAUUAUUUCUCUAGUUUUCUUUGAAAUCUCGCAAAGUAAGUUCGUAACUCUAGGAAUCGUUGGUAUUUUUUUUAUCAAUACCUGUGUGUUCCUAGUAGUAUCUCUCUAUUUAGUACACAUGACUAUCGCUUAAAAUCCCGCUCUUUGUGGUCCGGUUGUGUCUCAGUUACGCCCCGCACUCCCUGUUUAUUACAAGAUAUUAUUGCAUUAAAUUGUCUCCCCUCGAUCUCUCAUGUCACCUGUAUGUCUGUACAACGACGAAUGUUUUUUCCAAUGUCUCUCAAUACAAUUUUUAAUAAAUUUUAUUUCACUCUUGACAAAACAAAAUGAAAAA